AUGCUUGCCCCGUGCCCCACCCGUUUCACCCGUGCUGUCCGUACCCGGUUGUGCCCCACCCGUUUCACCCGUGCGUCCCGUGCUUCCCGUGCUGCCCCCGUGCUCCUGUGCUGUCCCCGUGUUCCCGUGCUGUCCCCUUGUUCCCGUGCUGCUCUCGUGCUGUCCCCGUGUUCCCCCCUUGUCCUGCCCCGUUCUGCCUGUGCUGCCCCGUUGUCCCCGUGUUGCCCCGUUCUGCCCGUGUUGCCCCGUUCAGCCCGUGUCCUGCCCCGCUCUACCCGUGUUGCCCCGUUCUGCCCGUGUUGCCCCGUUCAGCCCGUGUCCUGCCCCGCUCUGCCCGUGUUGCCCCGUUCAGCCCGUGUCCUGCCCCGUUCUGCCCGUGCUGCCCCGUUCUGCUCGUUUGUGCCCUACCCGUGCUGUCCGUACCCGUUCGUGCCCCACCCGUACUGUCACUUCUCGCUCGUGCCCCACCCGGUCUGUGCUACCCGGUCUCGUGCUGCCCGUCACCCCCGUGCGGCCCGUCCCGUACAGCACCUAGUUGCUACCCGAACCCGCUACCCGUACCCGUGCUCCUCGCACACCGUGCACCAGCUGCGGGGCGUUCAACCGCAGCCGGGCAUCUGUUCCACCGCGGUGGUCCAGAUGCUGCUUGGUGGUUGCUGCUUGUCAGCUUCAGAGGGGGGCCCUUGCUGGUGUUCCCACGCCCUGUAA